AAUAAUAAAAACUUAAAAACAGAGAAAAAAGUGAGGUUUGAGCCAAAAAUCCGAUCAGUCUUGUAAUGGUCUGAUCAGAUGGCGGACGAUCCUCCUUCCCACCUCGCCCAUGUUCCAUUGCCUUCGAACCCAGGUGGGUUAGUUUCCGAUGAUGCUCCACCAGUUCCAAUUUAUAUUAUCACCGAAGCUUCACAGCUUCCAGUGGAGUUCUUAGAGCCCAGUCCUGAAACAAAGCUGGUAAUUGGCUUCGAUUGUGAGGGUGUUGACCUGUGCCGUUAUGGAACUCUUUGUAUCAUGCAGAUUGCAUUUCCUGAUGCGAUAUAUCUUGUGGAUGCCAUAGAAGGUGGAGACAUGCUCAUAGAAGCAUGUAAGCCUGCUCUUGAAUCUAGAUACAUCACUAAAGUUAUACAUGACUGCAAACGUGACAGUGAGGCAUUAUAUUUCCAGUUUGGCAUCAAGUUACAUAAUGUCAUGGACACCCAGAUAGCAUAUACCUUGAUUGAAGAACAGGAUGGACGUCCCAAAGGGCCCGAUGACUACAUCUCAUUUGUUUCUCUUCUUGCAGAUCCACGCUAUUGUGGAAUAUCUUAUCUUGAGAAGGAGGAGGUUCGGGUUCUCUUGAGGCAGGAUCCAAAGUUCUGGAAAUACAGGCCAUUAUCUGACCUCAUGAUCCGUGCAGCUGCUGAUGACGUCCGUUUUCUGCUAUACAUCUAUCACAAAAUGAUGGAGAAGCUAAAUGCCCAAUCUCUGUGGAACCUUGCAGUUCGUGGUGAAUUGUAUUGCCGCUGCUUCUGUAUAAAUGAUGAAAACUUGGCUGAAUGGCCUGCUUUGCCUUCUAUUCCAGAUGACCUGCCUGUGGACACAGAAGCUCCUGAAGAGGAAAUCCUUUCUGUUCUUGAUGUUCCACCAGGGAAAAUGGGACGUGUGAUUGGCAAAAAAGGAGCUUCAAUUCUGGCAAUCAAGGAAUCGUGCAAUGCAGAGAUUCUCAUUGGAGGAUCAAAGGGUCCCCCUGAUAAGGUUUUCAUCAUAGGCCCAGUGAAGCAAGUGAGAAAAGCCGAGGCCAUGAUAAGGGGAAGAAUGCUGGACAUGUAAUGAACAAAUAGUCUCUUGCAAUGCUUUGGAUUGUACUGAUACAAUCUCUCAAUCUCAAUAAUAAUAAAUGGAACUUUUUAAGACACUUC